AUGCGAAGUCGUGGCCAAUUGCUUCCUGUUUAUUUCUUAGAAUCAGGUCGCAAAUAUUCCGUGAACCAUACGUUCGAUCCAGAAGCAAAUCGUAGAGCUUUUGAGCGUGCCUAUGAAGAAAGUGCAGCAAAUGGCAUCGAUAUGCGUGCAGUGAUCCUUUCAAAACUUCGAGGUGAUCAUUGA